AUGCUCAAGGACACCAUUCACUAUUUAUUUACCAUUAUUUUUUUAAUAAUUAUCUCCUCAAGCUUUAACAUUGGAUGGGAGUUAAACCAACCCUUUACAGGCUCAAUCAGUUUCUAUGAUGAACUACGUUAUGGCUUUUGUGUAGGAGAUCCGACUGAUGCAGAGAAUGAUUUGUUGGUUGCUAUUAGCAAUACAGAAUGGACCUUUAGUUUAGUAAAUGAUCCGCUUUGCGAUCAUCACAGUACUGUCAGAGAUGUCUGCGACGAAUGUUCAGCAACGCACGCUAAAUUGUCAAAACCUGCGUUUGAGAAGCUCGAAAGUUUGUCUGUAGGAAGCGUUCAAAAUGCUACAUUAACGUAUGUCAAAUGUGAUGGUGUGAUUGAUGGAAAAACAAAAUCAUAUUAA